UUGGGACCGCGCAGCCAAACAUACACUCCGCUUUGUUUGGUCGAAGCUUCGUCUUUACUUUCUGAGACUGCGACUAGGAUGAGCUCGGCAGCGCUGGGAUCGGUUUUCCGAGAUGUUGGAUUUCUUCCCAAGAAUGCUUCGAGAAAUUCAGAAGGAAGGAGAUUUUGGAUCAGAGGAUCUGUGGUUUCUUCGCCGCAAAGUCUGCAGGCCGCAAACAUGAGACCGAAAUGCUCAACAAAAGCUGUUCGUGUUGGGGUAUUAGGGGCCAGUGGUUAUACUGGAGCUGAGAUUGUCCGCCUCUUAGCAAAUCAUCCUCAAUUUUGUAUUACCCUAAUGACUGCUGAUAGAAAAGCUGGCCAGUCAUUUGGAUCAGUAUUUCCUCACUUGAUCACUCAAGAUUUACCUGAUAUGGUUGCCGUAAAAGAUGCAGAUUUUUCUAAUGUCGAUGCAGUAUUUUGUUGCUUGCCGCAUGGAACAACGCAGGAGAUUAUAAAAGGCUUACCUAAAACACUAAAGAUUGUUGAUCUGUCUGCGGAUUUUCGGUUACGAAACAUUGGUGAAUACGAAGAAUGGUAUGGACAGCCUCAUAAAGCUCCAGAGUUGCAGAAAGAAGUUAUAUAUGGUUUAACUGAGAUUUGGAGAGAGAAAAUUCAGAGUGCUCGACUGGUUGCCAAUCCUGGCUGCUAUCCAACAUCCAUACAACUUCCUCUAGUUCCAUUGAUGAAGGCUCACUUAAUUGAUUUAAAAAACAUCAUCAUCGAUGCAAAAUCUGGUGUCAGUGGGGCGGGAAGGGGAGCUAAGGAGGCCAACCUUUACACAGAAAUUUCCGAAGGCAUUCAUUCAUAUGGAAUUUCCAAGCAUAGACAUGUUCCGGAAAUUGAACAAGGGCUUUCAGAUGCAUCACGUUCUAGUGUAACAGUCAGCUUCACACCUCAUUUGAUUCCAAUGAGCCGGGGCAUGCAGUCUACCAUUUACGUGGAAAUGUCAUCUGGGGUAACUCAUGACGACCUAUAUCAACACCUUAUGUCAACUUAUAAGGGUGAAGAAUUUGUCAAACUACUAGAUAAGGGAGCAGUGCCUCAUACUCGGAAUGUUCGCGGUUCAAAUUACUGCUUUUUGAAUGUUUUCCCAGAUCGAAUUCCCGGAAGAGCAAUCAUAAUAUCUGUGAUUGAUAAUUUAGUUAAAGGAGCUUCAGGUCAAGCCUUGCAAAAUCUAAAUCUUAUGAUGGGGUAUCCAGAGAAUCUUGGCUUGCAGCAGCAACCUCUCUGCUUAAAGAAGCCAACUUGGAGAAUAACUUUGAGUCUCCUGCUUGGGAACUGCAUCGUUAAAACUGUAUCAGGCUUUCCAGAGAAAGUGACAAUCUACCUCAAUGUAUUUAAUGCGAGUAUGGAAAACUUAGUUGUUGGCGAGAACAAUGGCGGAG